AUGAAUUCGCUAGACGCUCUCUUUGCUCGUUGUUUGCUGGGCAUCUAUUGGUGGAUGGGCCUGCUGCCGUUGCCGCCUGUGUCUCAACUGUUGUGGCUGCUGCUCGCCUUGGUUAUACGCCUCAGUUGGGUGUCCUACUUCAUGUGGAUGCUGUGGAACGGCAUCUGUUAUAUGUUGGUGGACAGGAGCAUGAGCGUCAGCUAUCUGACCGGAUCUGUUCUAUUCAUAGGCUACUCAUUGCUGGGUCUGCUCGUCCAGGCCCAGACAUUAUUUAAGCAGCGAUCGUAUGUGCGCCUGGAGGAUUAUCGCAUUCAGCUGGAGCUGCAGAUGAGCAGGCUUAGCAGCUCGCACUACGGUCACAAGUCCGGGAGUUUGCUAUUCCUACUGGGUACACAUUUGGCCAGCGACAUUAUCAAGUCCUGGGCCAAUUCCAAAUACAGCAUAUCCCCGGUGCACACCGUCUCUCUGAUGCAGAAAUGGCAGCUGCGCUUCCACUUCAUCCAACUGAUGCGGCUGAUCAUGGAGCUGAAUCAGCGCGCCAUCCAGCUGCGCCACUCGCUACUGCGCCUGGCCGCCGGCAACGACCUCUGGCUGCCCUACAGCCUCUCCGACUUUAAGCACCUGCAGACGCUGCGCCUCAGCUACGAGCGCAUUUACGAGUGCCACGAGCUCUUCAACGACUGCUACGGCUGGAGCAUGCUCUGCCUGCAGCUGUUGUGCAGCUUUGAGUUCGUGGCCAAUGCCUACUGGUUCAUCACAGAGGCCUACGACUCCCAGCGCCUCUACAUGUUCAUCUACAAUGGCAACACCUGCUUCACCAUCGGCACCCUCGUCACAGCUCUCUUCUGGUACGGCGACGCAAGUGCCAAUAAUAGUCGGCAAAUUGGCUGCUUGAUUCCCAAGCUGGUGAAGCCAAUGGGCAGCAAGCGCUACAACGAUUUGGUCAGCGAAUUCCUGCUGCAGACGCUGCAUCAACGCUUUGUGGUGACGGCCAAGGACUUCUUCAGUCUCAAUCUGCAUCUGUUGAGCAGCAUGUUUGGCGCCGUGGUUACCUAUCUGGUCAUACUCAUUCAGUUUAUGUUCGCCGAGAAGAGUGCACAAGCUGCGGCUAGGCCCAAGUAA